AUGGAACCAUCUGGAGUUAGUAGUGUUGAGAAGAGACCUAUAGUUGACAUGGUCAAGGAUAAAAAUGGAACCGAUCAGAUUCUUCUUCAGAGUCCUAAAGGUGCUUCUGUAAAGAUUAGUUUACAUGGAGGACAAGUUCUUUCUUGGAAGACUGAGAAGGGUGAUGAAUUGUUAUUCACCAGCGCUAAGGCCAACUCGAAGCCUCCUCAUUCGGUACGAGGAGGAAUUCCUAUAUGCUUUCCUCAGUUUGGAACUCGGGGAUCACUUGAACAACACGGGUUUGCAAGAAACAAGAUGUGGCUUUUGGAAAAGAAUCCACCCGCUUUACCUUCAUUUGAUUCAACUGGCAAAGCCUAUGUCGAUUUGGUACUUAAGGCAUCUGAUGAAGACACAAGGAUCUGGCCUCACAGCUUUGAGUUUCAUCUGAGAGCUUCAUUGGCAUCAGAUGGGAACCUAACACUGAUAUCUCGAGUCAGAAACAUCAAUUCUAAGCCUUUUAGCUUUUCCAUUGCUUACCACACUUACUUCUCCAUUUCCGAUAUCAGUGAAGUUAGAGUUGAAGGGCUGGAAACUCUUGACUAUCUUGAUAACUUGCACAAUAAAGAGCGGUUCACAGAGCAAGGCGAUGCGUUAACCUUUGAAUCCGAGAUCGAUAGAGUGUACCUAAACUCUAAAGACGUGGUUGCGGUUUUCGACCAUGAGAGAAAACGUACAUUCCUCAUCAAGAAAGAAGGUCUACCCGAUGUCGUGGUAUGGAAUCCAUGGGACAAGAAAGCUAAAGCAUUGACGGAUUUGGGAGAUGAAGAGUAUAAACAGAUGUUGUGUGUUGAUGGAGCAGCCAUUGAGAAACCCAUCACCUUGAAACCGGGUGAAGAAUGGACCGGGAAAUUGAUUCUAUCGGUUGUUCUUUCUACCUGA